CCUCUCUCUCAGUCCCUCUCUCUCUCUCUCUCUCUCUCUCUCUCUAUCUCUCUUUCGAAUACUCAGAAAAGUCCAUUUCUUAGGGUUUUUAACUGCUCUCCUUCUCCGUCUACGACCGGUUGGUCCCAAUCAGACCACGAUCAGUUUUUUGGGUUGUUCCCAGUGAGACGCAGUCAAAGCAUACGACAUGUCGCUGAGGCCGAGCGCGAGGACCGAGGUCCGCCGGAACCGGUACAAAGUGGCGGUGGACGCAGAGGAAGGUCGUCGUAGGAGAGAGGACAACAUGGUCGAGAUCCGAAAAAGCAAGCGCGAAGAGAGUUUGCUGAAGAAGCGUCGCGAAGGCCUCCAAUCCCAGCAAUUCGCACCCGCUCUACAGCCCUCAAAUGUCGAGAAGAAGUUGGAGAGUCUGCCUUCGAUGGUUUCUGGGGUUUGGUCUGACAACAAUAAUUUGCAACUGGAGGCCACUACACAGUUUCGAAAGCUGCUUUCUAUUGAACGAAGCCCCCCAAUUGAGGAAGUCAUUCAAUCUGGGGUGGUUCCUCGCUUUGUUGAGUUCCUCAUGAGGGAGGAUUUCCCACAACUUCAGUUUGAGGCUGCUUGGGCUCUUACAAACAUAGCAUCCGGAACCUCAGAGAACACCAAGGUGGUGAUCGAACAUGGGGCAGUCCCAAUAUUCGUAAAGCUUCUUGCUUCUCCAAGUGAUGAUGUUAGGGAGCAGGCUGUGUGGGCAUUGGGAAAUGUUGCUGGUGAUUCCCCUAGAUGCCGUGAUCUUGUCCUCAGCAACGGAGCUUUGAUGCCAUUGCUGGCUCAGUUGAAUGAGCACGCAAAGCUUUCGAUGCUGAGAAAUGCAACAUGGACGCUGUCUAACUUUUGCAGGGGCAAGCCACAGCCUCCAUUUGACCAGGUGAGGCCAGCACUUCCAGCGCUUGAGCGUUUAGUUCAUUCCAAUGAUGAAGAAGUCUUGACAGAUGCCUGCUGGGCACUGUCGUAUCUCUCCGAUGGUACAAAUGACAAAAUUCAAGCCGUGAUUGAGGCAGGCGUCUGCACCCGACUUGUGCAGCUCCUCUUACAUCCAUCUCCUUCGGUUCUCAUUCCUGCACUUCGUACUGUUGGUAAUAUUGUGACAGGAGAUGAUCUUCAGACUCAGUGUAUUAUCAACAAUGGUGCACUCCCAUGCCUUCUGAGUCUCUUGACUCAUAAUCAUAAAAAGAGCAUCAAGAAAGAAGCAUGCUGGACAAUCUCAAAUAUUACAGCUGGAAACAGGGAACAGAUACAGUCUGUAAUUGACGCUAGUUUGAUUGGCCCUCUGGUCAAUUUGCUCCAAAAUGCUGAGUUUGACAUAAAGAAAGAAGCUGCAUGGGCAAUCUCAAAUGCUACUUCUGGCGGCACUCCUGAGCAAAUCAAGUACCUUGUUGGUGAAGGCUGUAUAAAGCCAUUGUGCGAUCUUCUUGUAUGCCCUGAUCCAAGAAUUGUCACCGUCUGUUUAGAAGGUUUGGAGAACAUUCUGAAAGUUGGGGAAGCUGAAAAGAAUGCUGGUAACACUGGAGAAGUUAACUUGUAUGCCCAAUUGAUUGAUGAUGCUGAGGGCCUAGAAAAGAUUGAAAAUCUACAGAGUCAUGACAACACUGAGAUCUAUGAGAAGGCAGUUAAAAUUCUUGAGACUUAUUGGGUGGAGGAAGAUGAUGAGACAUUACCAUCGGGAGAUGGUUCCCAGCCAGGCUUCCACUUUGGAGGGAACGAACUUCAAGUUCCAUCUGGUGGAUUCAACUUUAGCUGAAGGAGCAUUUACUUGAAUGCGGCAGAAGUUCCAGGUGAUUUUGUUGGGUCAAGUCGGGGUCAAGUUGGGGUCAAGUUGAAGUGGGUCGGGGCAUCCCGUGUGUCUGGUUUCAGUCUGGUCUGGUGUCCAUUGUGAUCAGAGGUGCCAAGGUGGGUCAAUGUAUUCUAAUAUGACCAAAUAAGAAGAGAUGGGUGGGUUCAAUUGUGGCACAUGAAGUUUGGUCGGCAGGGAUCAUUGUCACUGCCUCGUACCAUGAAAUACUAUGGAAGUGUCCUAGAGGCUCUUUGUUGCAUCGAAGGCCCUUAAAUGAAUGUGCUGGUGAGGGUUUCUCGAAUGCAUCAUUGAGUUCGAUUUUUUUUUUCUUUCUAUAAUUUGGAGUCAUAGUUUGAACGGGUAUUUUUCUAAAGAGUCGGGAUUUGUUUUGCCUUGUGGCGUGAAUAUAAUAUGAUGAACGAUCAUUUUCUGGUGUAUUGCAAGGAAAAGAUUAGUGUUUUGGUAA